AUGAUAUGUUAAUUGAAGCUAAAUCAAGGUAAUGUCUAUGCUCAAUUUUAUAGUUCCAAAGUGCAAUUAAAAUAUCGUCCUCCUCUUCUCUCUUUUUAAGAACUUAUUGAACCUUUGCCUUGUUAGUACAUAAUUUUUUUCGCAUCCACCAUUACAUUUCAAUGAGACUUUUCAAUUUACGAGUUAAAACAGAUUCAGUUCACAAAUCAAUAAAAUUGUUCUACUCAUAAAUCUGAUGGUUGAAGAUCAAUUGAAAAUGUAUUCCUCUUUCAUUAAUAAGAUAAGGGUUGAAAUUCUGAAUAUUAUUUCCUCUGCAUCAAAAUUAUUACAAGUGUGA